GGUAUGCGGAAGUGAUGUCAAUAAGGAGGUGGCUACGUAAGGUAGCCAUUUCAUUGGUAAGUGAGACGGCUGCUGUCUUUGUUUUUAGCAGCAAUGGAUGGUUUUUCUGCUCUUUUUGUUCCAUCUGAGCCCUCUGUACCUGGUUCCCAAUCGGUUGUUCCAACAUGUACUGGUGCAUUUGUGUCGGGAAAAACACAGGCUCAAACUCCAAUACCUGGGCCGCCUCCGACACUCCCUUCAAGUUCUUCUGUAGAGGAUAACUCCAGGAGACCUGCAGCGGGGCCCUUCUAUCUUCUUCGUGAACUUCCGGGACUUUCAGAUCUCACUGCCAGUAUCAAUCUUAUUUUGCACUACAACUUGGAACAUUCCUUCAGUAAAUUCUGUGGAAAAAAAGUGAAAGAAAAACUCAGCAACUUUCUUCCAGAUCUGCCAGGUAUGAUUGAUACUCCAGGCACUCCGGAUAACAGCAGUCUACGAUCAUUAAUUGAAAAGCCACCGAUCUGUGGAAACGCCUUCACCCCUCUAACAGGUGCCCUGUUGACUGGAUUCAGGCUACACACUGGACCACUCCCAGAACAGUGCCGUUUGAUGCAUAUUCAACCGCCAAAGAAGAAAAAUAAAAAGCACAAACAAAGCAGAACCCAGGAACCAGCACCUCCAGAGACUCCUUCAGAUUCUGAUCACAGAAAGAAGAAGAAAAAACAAAGAGAAGAUGAUCCAGAACGCAGAAAGAAGAAAAAAGAUAAGAAGAAAAAGAAGAGUCGCCAUAGUCCAGAGCAUCCUGGAGCAGGGAGUUCACAAAGUGGACUACGUUAAAACUUCUUCUGAUUUUUAUGGUUCCUGUUUCAUUUUUUUAAAUAAAGCCUUCAAAAGAGUU